AUGGGUUUACCGGAGAUCGUCGAUUUCGCUCGUAAUUUAGCCGUCAUGGUCCGAGUCAAAGGCCCUGACCCAAAGGGCCUCAAAAUGCGAAACCACGCUUUCCAUCACUACCACUCUGGGACGACGACUAUAUCAGCGUCUGGAAUGCUAUUGCCGAACACCCUUUACGACUUUGAUGUUGCUCAGCAACUCUUUGGUGGCGACAGUGAACGGUCUCCUGCUCUGGUUGUGACUGUUGCCUCCAUUGUUGAGCCUUUUCUCUCUCUGCAACACAGAGAGGGCCUUACCCAGGGCAGGCCUCAGUUGAUUCCUGGGGUUCAGAUUGAUAUAAUGGUAGAGGAUGAAAUGAGGUUCCACAAAGAUUCUGAAGAUUUGGAUAAAGGGCCUCCGUGCUGGUUUGCAGCACAGCUGUUAAUGCUAAUUGAUGUUCCUGCUUCUGCUGUUGCUCUCCAAUCAGUUAUUGAAGCUUCUUUAAGCUCCCCAGAUCAUGGAUGGGAGGUCGGUUGGUCUUUAGCCUCACAUGGUAAUGCUCCUCAGACCCAGGUGGACUCGGCUGUCAGACAAUUGGGGAAUUCAAGUCUUACAGGCAAGUCAACUACAAGAAUUGCCAUUCUUGGAGUAUCCUUAAUUUCCAAGGACGUGCCAAACAUAACCAUAUCAUCCUCCACUAAAAAGGGGGACUUUCUUGUGGUUGUGGGUUCUCCUUUUGGUGUCCUCUCACCUGUGCACUUCUUUAACAGUAUAUCAGUGGGAUCCAUUUCCAACUGCUAUCCUCCUAAUUCAUCUUAUAGUUCAUUGCUGAUGGCAGACAUACGGUGUCUUCCUGGAGGGGAAGGUGGUCCAGUUUUGAAUGAGCAUGCACAACUUGUUGGUAUUUUGAUUAGACCAUUGAGGCAGAAGACUAGUGGGGCUGAGAUUCAGCUGGUGAUUUCAUGGGAAGCCAUUGCAACUGCUUGCAGUGACUUGCUGCAGAAGGAGCCCCGUUAUGCAGAAAAAGGGAUUUAUUAUGACAAGAGAAACUUAAAUGCUGUAGGGAAGACAUUUUUAGCCGACAGCCACAACUCAAAUGGACCCAUAACGCAUAUUCAGGAGCAUCUUUAUUCUAAUUGCUCAUCCCCAUCACACAUUGAGAAGGCAAUUGGUUCUGUUUGUCUUAUAACCAUGGAUGAUGGAGUAUGGGCAUCUGGUGUCUUUCUUAACAAGCAAGGUCUCAUACUCACAAAUGCUCACUUGUUGGAACCAUGGAGAUUUGGUAAAAGAACCGCAAGUGAUGGAAAGCAUGGAUCCAAUUCUGAGGCACUGUCUGAUGGACCUGUAUCUCCAGGGCAUAGUGAACUAUAUGGCAAACAAAAGAGUGAAGGUUUUCUGCCAAGGAUUCGCAAUAAUGCAGAUCUCUUUGUGGGUGAUGAAUAUGGAGGACAUAAAUUGAGUUCUUCUUACAGAGGUCAUAGAAACAUACGUGUCCGCCUGGAUCAUACAGACCCUUGGACUUGGUGUGAUGCUAAAGUAGUGUAUAUUUGUAAAGGACCUUUGGAUGUUUCCCUGUUGCAGCUCAAGCACAUUGCAGAUCAUCUUUCCCCAAUUGCCAAGGAUUUUUCAUCGCCAUCUGUAGGAUCAAAGGCAUAUGUUGUUGGACAUGGACUAUUUGGACCAAGAUGCGGCUUCUCCCCAUCAAUUUGUUCUGGUGUGGUCGCAAAAGUUGUGAAAGCAAAGUUUCCACUCUCAUAUCAACCCGACCAACCAGGAAAUACUCAAGGACAUUUUCCUGUGAUGCUUGAAACAACAGCUGCUGUCCAUCCUGGUGGUAGUGGUGGCGCUGUCAUUAAUUCAGAUGGUCAUAUGAUUGGACUUGUUACAAGCAAUGCAAGGCAUGGUGGAGGAACUGUUAUACCGCAUCUGAAUUUCAGCAUUCCAUGUGCGGCCCUCCUCCCCAUCUUCAAGUUCGCAAAAGACAUGCAGGAUAUUUCACUUCUCCAAGUUCUUGACCAACCAAACAAAUAUAUUUCUUCCGUAUGGGCAUUGAUGCCACCUCUGUCUCCCAAGCCCCCUCCUUUGCCUCAUAUGCCAGUGUCACUACGACAAGAGAACAACAAAGAAGGGAAAGGUUCCCGUUUUGCAAAAUUUAUAGCUGAAAGACAAGAUGCGUUUACAAAGCCAACUCAACUUGGCAAGGCAGGAAGACUUUCUAACGAUGCUGUUCCUAGCAAGUUAUGA